ACUUGCGAGGCGGCACAAGCAGCAUAAGGCAGCAGCGGCGCGGCGGAGCCCGGGCGGCGGCAGCGAGGAGCGAGCGGCGAGCGGCGGCGGGGAGAAUUAAUAAAGCGGCCCCCCCAUUAAAAAAAAAGCAAAAAAAAAAUAUAAUAAUAAUAAAGAGAGACAGAGAGAGAGAGAGAGAGAAAGCAGCGAGCGCGGCGCGAGGAAGAAUUAAAGAGAGGAAGAAUUAAAGCCGGCGGAGGAGGAGGAGGAGGGAGGAGGAGAGACGGAGCGCGGAGAGAGGAGGAAAGAAAAAAAAAAAAAAAAAAAAGCCGCCCGCACACACAAAGCGGAGCGCGGCGGUGGAUGUGGCUGCGGCGCGCAGGACUCGCGGCGAGAGCGGCCCCCAGCAGCCCCGCCGCCCGCCGCCCCGCGCCGCCCGCGGCCGCGGCGUUCCCCGGCUGUUCGUCCGCGCCUUGAUGGCUUUCCUGAAUGGCUGACGGCGAGCUGCCCUGGAGCUGGCCCCCCGGCACCACCCGCCUCUCCGCCGGCAACUCCGCUGCGGAUCGGCGCUGAGAGCAGCGGGCACAGCGGCGAAGGGAUUUCUUUUUUUUUUUUUUUUUUUUUUUUUUUUUCCUCUCUCUCUUUCUCUCUCCCUCUCCCCCCCCUCCCUUCCUCCCUUCGCUCUCCCCCGUGCUCGGCGCCGGGGAGCUCCGGAGAAAGGGGGAAAAAAAUAAAAAUUUUAAAGAUAUAUCUUUUUUUUUUUUUUUUAAAGCAACAAAAGGGAGAGAGAGGGAAAGAGAAAGAAAGGAGGAGGAGAAAAAAAGCAAACUGCUGCAAAGCUGAGCUGCAGAGCAAAGCAAACAAACUUUGAAAAUAAAGGGGGAACAGGAAGUUUGGCAACGGUGUCCAAUAGAUAUGGCAAUGGUAGUCGGUGCGUGGCGAGACCCCCAGGACGAUGUGCCCGGAGCUCAGGGAACGCAGCCAGCGCCCGCCCCGCCGGUGCAGGGCCCCCCGGCCGGGACCCCGCACACCCCGCAGACCCCGGGGCCCGGCGGCCCCCCCAGCACGCCAGCGCAGAGCAACGCGGCGAGCCAGCAGAGCCAAGGGGACAAGCAGCAGCAGCAGCAGCACAUUGAGUGCGUGGUUUGUGGGGACAAGUCUAGUGGCAAACACUACGGCCAGUUUACCUGCGAGGGUUGCAAGAGUUUCUUCAAGCGGAGUGUAAGGAGGAAUCUCAGCUACACUUGUCGUGCCAACAGGAACUGUCCCAUUGACCAGCACCACCGCAAUCAGUGUCAGUACUGCCGCCUCAAAAAAUGCCUCAAAGUUGGCAUGAGACGGGAAGUUUCUUCUUUAUUCACUGCAGCGGUCCAGAGGGGCAGAAUGCCACCCACACAGCCAACUCACGGUCAGUUCGCCUUGACAAACGGGGACCCUCUCAACUGCCAUUCCUACCUAUCCGGAUAUAUCUCCCUUCUUCUGAGAGCAGAGCCCUACCCCACCUCCCGCUUUGGCAGUCAGUGCAUGCAACCCAACAACAUCAUGGGCAUCGAGAACAUUUGCGAACUGGCAGCUCGGAUGCUCUUCAGCGCGGUGGAGUGGGCCAGGAAUAUCCCCUUCUUCCCAGACCUGCAGAUCACAGACCAGGUGGCCCUGCUCAGGCUGACCUGGAGCGAGUUGUUCGUGCUCAACGCCGCCCAGUGCUCCAUGCCCCUCCACGUAGCCCCGCUGCUGGCAGCCGCCGGCCUCCACGCUUCGCCAAUGUCUGCUGACCGAGUGGUCGCCUUUAUGGACCACAUACGAAUCUUCCAAGAGCAAGUAGAAAAACUGAAAGCGUUGCAUGUCGACUCCGCAGAAUAUAGCUGUUUAAAGGCCAUAGUCCUCUUCACCUCAGAUGCCUGUGGUCUCUCUGAUGUAGCCCAUGUUGAAAGUUUACAGGAGAAGUCACAGUGUGCUUUGGAAGAGUAUGUUAGGAGCCAGUAUCCCAACCAGCCAACACGAUUCGGGAAGCUAUUACUACGUCUCCCCUCCCUUCGCACUGUCUCCUCUUCUGUCAUAGAGCAAUUGUUUUUCGUCCGUUUGGUAGGUAAAACCCCCAUAGAAACCCUAAUCAGGGAUAUGUUACUGUCUGGCAGCAGUUUUAACUGGCCUUACAUGUCCAUUCAAUAAAAUAUUCGAGAGAGAGAGAGAGAGAGAGAGAGAAAAUAAAAAGAAAAAGAAAAUACAAAUUGAGAAGGGAGAUGAGAGUGAAAGGAAAGCAAAUGACAUUUGGGUUCUGGUUGUUUCUUAAAUUUCCUUCUGCUAAGAAAGGAUGUAAAAGGAUGUUACAAAGUUUGCAAAGUGAAGACAGGGGAAAAAAAAUCAUUAAUGGACUGUGAAUUUAAAAAAAAAAAAAGAGACUGUCACGUGAACUUUUACAGAAUGCAUUAAAAACUCCCGUGUCGCUCCGAAAAUAAAAGUUGCUUCUUAUCGUUUUUUGUACAAAACAAUAAAAAAAAUAAUUAAAGAAAAAAAAAAGAGAGAAAAAAGAAAGAAAGAAAAAACAAAGGGAGGAAGCAGAAGGAAGGAGGCGGCGCUGGGCUUUUUCUUUUUUUCUUUUUUCUUCUUUUUUUUUUUUUCCUUUUCUUUUUUGGGGGGGUCAACUUUUUAAACAAUUCUCGCUUAAAGUGCAUUUAAAGGAAAUUUGGAGAAAAUGAGCAGAACGGAAGGAAGGAAGUCUUUUUUUUCCAAAUUAUUAAUUGUCCUAUGUGUCUAUGUACCUAUAGCUGUUCUUUUUUGUAUUUUUCUGGUUUCAAACCAGUUUAUUCUGUGGUUCUAUAAUAAUUUUUGAUAUAAUCUUGGCUUCUUUAAAAAACAAAAAAAAAACUAAAAAAAAAAAAAACUGUGUAUCCUUAAAAUAUAUGUUCUGAAAGAAUUAAAACUGAGUCCACGAACGUAUCGUAUAGGAAGAAAGGAAAAGAGAGAGAGAGAGAGAGAGAGAAACACAAACUCAACAUCACGGUGAUGGAAGCGCACUUAAGGUGGUGACCCAAAAUCUAAGCUUGAAGCUGAGAGAGCUAUAAUUAUAUAGACCCGAAUGAACCACACGUGUCAUACAGCUCCCCCCAAAUCUCGGUUUUUUGAUAUUUCGGACAGAAAAUGAACUGUGGGGAUUAUAUUCUAGGUAGAAGGAACUGUGUCCAAGACACACUGCGGUUUUGAUUUAAAAGCAAACAAACAAGCGAAGUGAACUUUUGUAAUUUGAAUUGGGUUCCACAUAGUUCAUCAUGAAUUGUUAUUAAACUCCUCUAUCUGUUUGUAUAUUUGCAAGCCCUUUGUAUUAUAAUAAUUGUUGAUAUUUUCCCUUUUUAAAAAAUACCAUUGAAAUCAGCAUGACAAAAUAACACUGUUGGCACUUAUAGAUAACGUGAUUGAUUCAGUAUCUUAGAGUUUACAGUUUUGUGUUAAAAAAAAAAAAACUGAAGGUUUUUUUUUGUUUUAUUUUUUGUUUUAUUUUUUGUUUUGUUUUUUAAGUGCAACAUUUCUGUAUACUGUAAAAGUUAUAAUAACUGAACUGUUUGGUCGAGUCUUUGUGUGUUAUAUUCCAAGGAAAAUUGAAAGUAUUCAGAAAUUAAAAUAUUAUUUGAUAUCUGAAA